GCAAAAUCGCGACCACCUCACCGACCUCGCGACCGAUCCGACCCCCUGGAGCACCACCAAGGCCCAGAGCCUCGCGUAGCGCGUCCCGCAUUAUGCCCAGUGCGUUUGUGAGUGAGGUGCUUCCCAGCGCAAGGUGAUGCCCCCCCGACCUAAGAGGGCUUUGGCAGCAGCCGGCUAGCAUGGAGCCUGCCGCAGGAGAAGAGGGGCCCGAUCUGUCGCAUCUCACCGAAGAGGAAAGGGCCAUCAUUGAAUCGGUGAUGAUGAGGCAGAAACAAGAAGAGGAACGGGAAAAGGAGAUACUUAGACGCAAAGCUGACGAGGUGCACAUCCUGGAGGAGACGAUCCGCGCUCGGAGCGAGCAGCAGAAAAAGGCGGGAGUGGAGCUGGAUGCGACCUGCCACAUCUGCCUCAAAACCAAGUUUGCGGACGGUGUGGGCCAUCUAUGCAACUAUUGUUCCAUCAGGUGUUGCGCGAGGUGCGGCGGGAAAGUCACGCUCAGGUCCAACAAGGUCGUCUGGAUAUGCAUCCUAUGCCGCAAAAAGCAAGAGCUCCUCAGCAAAACCGGCCAAUGGAUGGCAGUCCCAGCGGGGGGCGGACCUCCAGUGACCAUGGGAGGAGGAGCUAGCAGUGGCGUAGGGGCGGGGGGGCCGUUCAUGGAACCUCAACCGUCGCCGCAACAGUUGCCGCCCACUGACAAGCGUCCGAAACUGGAACGAGCCAGAUCGGCCGCCGAGAAGGAGAACCAGCCGUUGGUAGGCAGAGCGGGAAUGGCUGGAGCGCCGUUCAGGAGGCAGUACUCGGAGCAAGAGGCGAAAGCGCAAUCGCAGCACUGCGAAAGGUAUCCAGACCAAGAGAUGGCGCCGAUGCCUGUAGAUCGGGUACAAGCGCCCUCUAACGCCAACAAGAAACAUAAAAAGAAGCAGCAGCCUCAACAGCAGCUGCACUCAUACUCCAGUUCGGAGGAGGACUUGAAGUCGACGCCCGAAUACGGCAGUGACGAGAGAGACAGCGAAAAAGGUAGGUGA